CAAAACAAGACUUUUAUUUUGAAAAUCACGGGCCGGACACAGCACUGUUGCUUCCAGUGGUGAUCGUGGGCGCGAGCUUAACGGUGAUGCGCAGCGCGUGAAGGUUCAGAGCAGAAAGAUCGAAAAUCAAAAUCGGAAGAACAGCAGAAGGAUCCGAAGAGGAGACCAUGACUCCCUCCGCCCCCCUCUCAUUGGUCGGCCUCCUCAUCAUCCUGCUUAGCCUGGCCUCCUCUCAGACCAUUGAUGCCUCAGUGAAGGAUCUCUCCAAUAAGAAUGCAGACUUUGCUGCCAGGCUUUACCGAGCCGUAGCAAGCCGCACUGACGACAACGUCUUCCUGUCUCCGUUCACGGUGUCCGCUGGACUGUUGGCGCUGUUGAGUGCCACCAAUGGUCCAACCCAGGACCAGCUGCUGCAGGGACUCACACUGACCGGACUAGACCCUCAGACCAUCCCAGAUGUCUUUCAGAAUCUGAGGAACAACAUCCUGCAGGAGAACGCAGGUUUUAACUUCCAGCAGGGUGUGGCUGUCCUUCCUGCUAGGAGUUUCUCCGUGUCAUCAUCUUACAUGGACCUGGUUCAGAACAAGUUUCGGGGGAAUGCUCAGAGUCUGGACUACACGACGCCGUAUGAAGCCAUUGACACCAUUAACCGCUGGGUGGAGGAAAAGACCGGAAACCGUAUCCAGGAGCUGGUAUCCAAGCUGGACCCCCAAACUCAGCUGCUGAUUACCACCGUUGCCUCCUACCAAACUCAGUUCAGCACGACUUUUAAUUCGUCGACCACUCAGGACGAGCGUUUCUUCGUGGACAAGUAUCACGUUGUCAUGGUUCCCAUGAUGUUCGGGUCAGGUAAGUACUUCCUGGCAUACGACCGCUCAGUGAAGGCCGGUGUGUUGAAGCUGCCGAUGGCGAACGGGGCGGCCAUGUUGGUUGUGCUGCCCGACGAAGACGUGGACAUCACCAGUGUGGAGGAGGAAGUAACAGGGGAGAAGGUCCGAGGCUGGAUCCAACAGCUGAAGAAGACCAAUUUGGAGGUGCAGCUUCCUCGCUUCAAGCUACAGCAGACUUACUCUCUGAAGGACAUCCUGCAAACUCUCGACAUCACUCAGGUGUUUGAGGACGAUGCCGACACCAGCAAUAUGGGCGGAGCUAAAGGACCUAAGCUCACACAGGUUUAUCAUAAAGCCAUGAUCUCUGUCGAUGAGCAAAGUGGUGAUGCUACUACAGGAGGCGGAGCCACUGAGUUCCGAUCGCUUCCUCCUCGACUGACCUUCAACAGACCCUUCAUCUUCAUCAUCUACCAUGAGACAACCAACAGUCUGAUGUUUAUGGGCCGAGUGAAUGACCCCUCCAAGUUUCAGUGAUAAGUGACUAUGUCCUACCCACCUGGUUGCUGUACCUACACCUAUCAGAUUUUCACAUUUUAACAAUUUAAUCCAAUGACAGCUCGAUUGUGUUCUAAUGUUGUUUACUGCCAGUAUGUAUUAUUAAUUUCAGAGUCCAGUCUGUACCAACAGAAGCGUCAGGAUCCCUCCAAGGAGCUCCAAGACAAACGUGAGAGCUCCUGAGAUAAUAAACAGUAAAAACAAAUAUUUACGGCACUGCAUUAUGUUUUACCUUUCAAUCAUUUCUCUGUUCUUGAGCACUUGGUUAAUUUUAUGUUUGUGUCUUGUUACCAACUUGUAGACAUUAUACUAGCAUUAUGUUAUCAUUGUGGAAGCACCAUAUUAAUAUUAUAUUAGCAUUGUGUUAGCUUUACCCAUGUAGUUACAGUUACGCUACAAUCAUGCUGACUGUGCUAGCAUCAUGUUAACGUUAAGUUAACAUCAUGUUACUAUUAUGUUAGCAUCAAGGUAAUAUAGAUCUUAAUAUUGUGUGGACAUUAUGUUAAUAAUAUGUUUGCAUCAUGUUAACAUUAGUUUCAUGCUAAUAUAGUGUUAGCAUCAUUUUAACAUUAUGUUAGUGUCAUGCUAAUACUAUGUUAGUAUCAAAUUAACAUCAUGCUAAUAUAAUGUUAGUAUCCUGUUUGCAGUAUCACUAUUCACUAUUAUGUUUGCAUCAUAUUGAUAAUAUAUUAUGAUUGUUUUAGCAUCAUGUUAGCAUCACACCUCCUGUCUUUCACUUAGUUUUAAACUGAAAUCAAAACCUGUUGGACAGACUAUGAUGAAUAACUUUUCUAGCGCCACCAUCAGGUCAACAUGUUAACGUGUCCAACCCUUAAAUACGUGUCCAACACUUAUGCCAUUCCCCUCUGCCUCAGUUCUACUUUGUGUUUACUGCUAAUUAGCUAAUGUUAACAUUCUAACAUGCCAAACUAAGAUGAUGACCUAUAUGUCUAAUAAACAUCGGCAUGUCAGCAUUGUCAUUGUGAGCAUUUUAGCUUGCUUAUGUCAUUUAGCUUAGAGGACUGAUGGAGGCUAGUACUGUCGUCUUCUUGACAGUUUCUAAAUAAGUCCAACAUGUAAAAAUGAGUCCAAAUUAAAAGGAGGGGAGGUUGACCUGGUGGUAACUAGCAGAUGUGCACUUUUGAUCAUGGGUCAACACCAGGUGUUAUUUCAUAGUUUGAUGUAGGAGUCAGAUACACUUCAGAUACAAUUCAUGCUUGAUAUUGGUAAAAGACAUUUCACAGGAAAAUGCUGAUGAUUCUGUGAACGUUUGCUGUAGGAGUUAUUAGCUGAUGUCACCCUCUUGUGUACCUCUUGAAACAUAGUUGUUGAUAUAAGCUAUAACAGCCUCGGUAUUUUUACCAUGAAAGCAACAACAAAGAGUUGUCCAGGAGUUAACUGAAGAAGUAAUGCAGCCUUACCUGCUAUAGGUGGAAAGUGUGUAACUUUACUGCACUGUUAUCAGUCAGUGUGAAUUUGUUUGACCUCUAUGUCUUGCCUCUGUUCUGAAAGAAAACUGAAAGAAAGUCUGAUUACUCAAAGCAUAACUCGUUACAUAUUAUCCUGAAAACCAGAAUCUGUGCUGGGAGAGGUGUGGUGGGUAAUAGAGACGUUUAAACGUUACUUCAGGACAGUGUUUUAACACUGAAAUACUAAUAACUAAUUAUUUCCAAUCAGCCUCAGCUAGAUUUUGUGUCUCAAGCUAAUUAGCAUGUUAGCAUGACAUCCACUAUGACACUAUAUAUACUGGAUGGAGUUACUGAAAACACUCAUUGUACCGUUGUUUUCUCUGAUAUAGUGUAUUAACAUUAAAACACUGUCAAACAUUUA